UAUGAGGCUGUACGAUGUCGCUGCGGGGAUUGUGGGUUUACAUGGCGGCGCCCGGUUAGCCAUGUUGAAUUAUGUCUGACUGACUUUAUUCUGAAUAAUGUGAAAUUGUAGAAUGACAUACUUGAUGUAAACAUGUGGAGUCAAGUUCGUAAACUCCAAAAGAACAGGACACUGAAAUAUGGGAUCCCGAUGCUGCUGCUGGUUGUGGGAGGGUCCUUUGGAUUGAGAGAGUUCACUCAGAUUAGAUAUGAUGCACAGAAGCUAAAAAAGAAGCUGGACCCUGCACUGGAAGCACGGGUGAACAAUAAAAAACAGUCAGCCAUCCUUCAGGAAGAGUACGAGAAAUUGAAGGAUUUGGACUUGGAUGGAUGGAAGAACAUUCGUGGCCCACGUCCCUGGGAGGAUUCAAAGGAGCAGCAGCAAGCUCAACUCAAUAAAAGCACAUAGAUCUCUGAAACCUUAAACUCCCACUGCUGGUCCAAAGAUGUAAGGCUCUCAUAAAAACAGUGCAGUGUAUGGUUGUCUUGUCACCAUAUAAUAAAUUAGAACAUCAUAUGUUAUUAUAUCUAGAUGAUCUCUCUGUCCAGUGUUUUUGAUGCUCUCACUUUUUUUAAUAGAAUCAGUAAGGUUGUAACCCUUAUUCUGUCUGUGUUACCAUGUCAGUUUGCAUUCACAAAGUAAUGCAUAACUCAAGACCCAGUGGUGUAUUUGAGUGAGUAAAACCCCUUGUUCUUUCAGUGGUGCAAACAGAACCAAUGGAGCCUGUGCACAUGCUGGGUGAAUGGCACUGUGUAGGCAGUAGGCAUAAAUGACAUAAUUUCACCCGUUUUCUGGAGAUUUUAACAUUUGACACAGUUAAAAAUUUAAGACAUAAAUGGUAGUAUUGUACCUUGUAAAAAGAAAAAAAAUUACAGCUUUAAUUAUCAAAUAUUCAUUUGAUUAUUUUACAGGACAAUUGUAAUUUAAAACCAUAAUGUAUUUAUGUCUUCAUUUUUGUAAAUAGACUUUAAAACAAUCACUUGCAAGCCAUGUGCUCCAUUAACCAACAUCAGAGAAACAUGAACAUGUAAAUGGGCCACCUUGUGCAUUGCUACUGUGUUUUUAGUCCAUUAAAGUCUGUUGUAAAUGUGAA